AUGCGGGGAUGUGCUCUGCAGCAGCAGCAGCACAGCAGCAACAGCAGCAGCAGCAGCAACAACAGCCGCAACUACCGCUGUAUUGCUUUUU